CUUGAGGGAUGAGCGCAACGCGGCAGCUCAGAGCACGCUUUCCAUGCCCAAAUAGUCACACCACCAAGCAUGCCGUCCCGGUUACACUGGCUUCACCCCGGCUGAGCAUCGUCGCAGACACCAAAAGCUGCGGUCUCCCUCCUAAUCCCCAUCACUGUGGCUAAUUGGGCCUGAGCUGUGCGACCUGCUCCACUGCGGGACUCUUAAGAGGCACCUGCGGUACGAAAGACAAGGGCCCUUCGUUGCAACCUCCCAGAAAUCACAUUCACCAUGUUCGGCUGGACACGGCGCUUCUCCACCGCCACAUCUUUCCUCAAAUCCACCACAAUGGCCGUCUCCUCCCGCCAGCAACACACCUUUCAAGUCUUCCGCGAUGUGCCCCCACUUCGCCAGCUGCGUCGAGAGCUCCUCCUCUCCAACCGGACCGUCGGUCUCGUCCCUACCAUGGGUGCCCUCCACGAAGGCCAUCUCUCGCUCAUCCGACAAGCCGCGGCCGAGAACACCGACGUCUUCGUCAGCAUCUACGUUAAUCCGACACAGUUCGGCGUCACAGAGGAUCUCUCCAGCUAUCCGCGCACUUGGGACAGCGAUGUUGCGAAGUUAGAGGAAUUGAACGCGGAACUGGCCCGCCAGAACAGUAACAGCGGUCGCAUCACCGCCAUUCUGGCGCCCACCUCCAAGGUCAUGUACCCUACGCUGCCUCCUUCAUCCGAGAUUGACGGCGACGGUUCCUUCGUGACCAUCACCCCUCUCUCCCGGAAACUGGAGGGAGCUUCACGGCCUGUUUUCUUCCGUGGAGUUGCGACCGUCUGCAUGAAGCUGUUCAACAUUGUCCAUGCCGACCGGGCUUACUUUGGUCAGAAGGACGUGCAGCAAACCGUGGUCAUCAAGCGUCUUGUGAAGGACUUCUACAUCGACACGGAGAUCAAGAUCGGGGAGACUGUUCGUGAACACGACGGGCUGGCAAUGAGUUCAAGAAAUGUCUAUCUUGGUAAGCGAAGACGGGCAGUGGGCCUGGUCCUCUACGAAGCCAUGAAGGCGGCGGAGAAUGCCUACAACGCUGGCAAGGUCAACCGGAGCGAGAUCCUUGACGCAGCUAACAGCGUCACUGAACGGGUUCUGUCUGAGCAGAAGGCGUUGGCGCCCACGGAGAGGGCGCUGUAUGAAGUUGACUACAUCUCUCUUGCUGAUCCGGAUACUCUGGACGAGCUGGAAAUUGUUGAUCCCGCUAAGGGCGCCAUUCUGAGCGGUGCAGUCAAGAUGGCUCCGCUGGAGGAGGCAAAGCCGGGCGAGGACUGCGGCCUCGGUGAUGGCCAAGUUCCUGUGCGUUUGAUCGACAACUUGAUCUUCAAGCCGCGGGUUUGAACACCUCGUCCUUGUCUGUCCGUUGCCUGGUCCAUUCAAAAGCAAGUGUCAUAUAUACCCGACGUCAUUCAAUUAGAUCUCAACAGCGUACAUAGAGUACAUAAAAGUUCACAC